AUGGCUUCGGUUGCACACAGCGUAGGGACACAGGGCGCCGGUCAGAACCAUGACAGGGCAGCCGACCAUGUCGAGCUGGGCGCCCCGGGCGACCCUCCGAGCGACCCAUUCGAGAUCACGGCCGUGCAAAAGAUGCUUUCGGCGACCUCAGGGAGCUUGUUUACAGCUCUAUUAGCGACACCCCUCGACGUCGUUCGCGUCCGCUGGCAGUCACAAGGCAUCUCCCAGCCGCCGCCGAUCGACUAUACUAAACUCGCCAUGCCCACCACCAUUCCCGGCGGUACCACCUUCCGCCCCUCCAACCUCGGCGUCACAGCCUGCUGCCGCGAAGUAUUCUUCACCAACAACACCUCCGAAGUCUGCGUCGUCGGCCCCCGUCCCCUCAACAACAACCCAAUAACCUGCGCCGUCGAGCAGACCCAGCAACGCACAUUCACCUCAACCUUUGACGGCCUCCGCAAGAUUGCCCGCAACGAGGGCGUAACCACGCUCUGGCGGGGUCUCUCGCCGACCCUCGUCAUGGCCAUUCCGGCCAACAUAAUCUACUUCACCGGCUACGAGUGGUUGCGCUUCAACCGCGCCAGCCCCAUCGCCCGCACCGUGCGCGACGAGUACGCCCCGCUGGUCGCAGGCUCCGUGGCCCGCAUCCUAGCCGCCACCGCCGUCUCGCCCAUCGAGCUGUUCCGCACGCGCUUGCAGGCUGCCCAAGGGGGCGGCAGGCCUCUCGCCGACACCUUCGCCGGCAUCAAAGACAUGGUCUCGCUGCAUGGCUACCGCGCGCUUUGGCGCGGGCUAACGCUCACCCUGUGGCGCGACGUGCCCUUCUCGGGCAUGUACUGGUGGGGGUACGAGACGAUCCGCGGGAGGCUGGGCAACGCGCGGGAGAAGCGCCAAGCCAGGGGCAGGAGCUCCGAGUUGCUGGAUCUGGACGGAGAGAGCGACGCAGCUGCGGCGCCGCGGCGGCGGCGGCGGACGUCCUUGCGCAGCCGGAGUCGCGGUCGAGAGAACGAAAACCAUGCCGAUACCUUCACCGACAGCUUCAUCGCCGGCGCCGCGUCAGGCGGUUUCGCCAGCGUCGCCACCAUGCCGUUUGAUGUUGGCAAGACGCGGACGCAGGUUUUUCGCGAUUCAAAUUCCCAUUCGUUAUCGUCGUCAACAAUGACGGGAACGACGGCGAGGAAUGUGGACCAAGCUGCCGCUGCUAACGCGGCGCCCGAGGAGCGCAACAUGGCCCGGCUGCUGUGGCAUAUUUUCCGCACCGAAGGCGUGCCGGGCCUGUUCAGGGGGUGGAUUCCGCGCACACUGCGGGUUGCGCCGGCGUGCGCCAUCAUGAUCAGCAGCUACGAGGUUGGGAAGCGGGUGUUUAGGGGUGUGAACGAGCGUGCGCUGCUUGCUGAGGGGAAGCUCAAGCGUGACGAGCCUUGA